GCUACAAUACUUUGAAGCGAGCCACUCGUCUGAGUGCACAACAGCCUACGUAUAAUUGAAUAUUAUCACCUCUAUCCACAGCAUUGCUUCUUUCCCGCCGCCCUCCAGCGUAUCCUCUGUCGACCACCUCUCGCCGAUCAUGCCUCCGAACCGUACGCUUCCUGAGUUACCCGCCGAAGUCCUCGAAUCCGUCUUGCUCCAUCUGGAUGCCCCGUCUCUCUCCGCCCUCUCACUGACCUCCAAGUUCCUGCAAGACUUCGUCGCCGACGCCCAUGUUGUCUGGCGGAACCUCUGCCUCACCACCUUUCAAUUCUGGGAUCCACGUCAUGACAUCACCGCCAAAUCCUCCGAACCGCUUUCCAAGGCUGGCUGGCGCGCCCUCUUCCACUACAGAAUCCAUGUUCGGCAGGAAACGCGGAGGCUCUUGAACAACGUGCUCCAGUUGCAGUAUCGACGCGUCCAGCAUAUCGUUGAAGCGGCCGGCUAUGGAUACGAUGCUAAGGAUACGUUACUGGAAGAGUUCGAUUGUCCGGAUGACUGCGAGGAUGUCCUAGCAAGGCGGUACUAUGCACACGCCAUAUUGGGGCGCAUUCAGCGCGAGCUGGCCAUCAAGGUAUGGAAGGACCUAAGCGGCGGAAAGGAUGUACCGCUGGAACGGGCGCUGAGUGCCUUCGACAUGUUUGCCCUAGUUGGCCGGGAUGUGGAUCUAAAUAGGACCUCUGCAGAGUUGGAUGACCUGGCCCGACGGCUGUUGCGGAAGUAUCCUGCGUUUCCGGAUAUGAGCACAAGGGCAAAGGCGUCAACGCUGGGACAGUUCCUGCAUGAUCAAGGCUUCCGGGGAGUAAGCGAUGAGUCCUACCGUGCGCUGCGAAACUCCUUCAUCGGCCUGGCAAUGCGCCUCCCAAAGCACGAAUCUUUACCUCUGAUCAGUGUGGCCAUCUACUGCGCGAUUGCGUCCCGGGUCGGUCUGAAUGCUCGCCCAUGCGGAUUCAUAUUCCACGUAAUUUGUUGGGUGUCUGCUCCAAAAAGCUAUACGCUUGACGGCGAGUACAAACCUUCGCAGUCCGAUGAGCUGGACACCAUGUAUGUGGAUCCCUUCCGAGGCGGCGAUGAAGUAUUCAAGGCCGACUUGAUUCGCAAGCUGAAAGGGCUGGCUGUUCCAGCUUCGCAGCAUGCGUAUUAUCUCUCGCCAUCAACGACGAGCGAGUUGGUGAUCCGCACCGCGCGCAACAUCACGGCCUCAGUGCAGUCUGUCCGUCAAAAUCGUGGACCUUAUCAAUUUGGUGUCCACGCCCAGUCCUGGCACUCCCCGGAACCCGACGUGGACGGCGCCUUCUACGGCGCCAUCUGGGCAAUUACCCUCGUUAGCGGCGCGGGUGGAGAUGUAGCCGGUAAUAUGCCAGAAAGCAGCCAUGACGUUGAAACUAGACGCCGCCAAUAUCUACCAUACCUUCUCGAGUGCUUCCAGCUGCACUUCCCCUGGGACAUAACACUUCUGGAGGAACACGCGAUACCCCUAUUUCCUGACCCGCCCGACCAAAAUCGGUUGAAGAUCUUCACGCAGUCGAUGCGAAAGCUCGAUAGCGUGCGCAAAGAAGUCAACCGUCGGCCUCCCCAGAACGACAAGGUGUUGUUCAAGGUUGGUCAGCUAUUCAGACAUAAACGGUACGACUACGAAGGCGUCGUUACCGGCUGGGAUCCGGCGUGCAAUGCGGGCGAGGACUGGAUCCAACACAUGGGAGUGGAUCGGUUGCAGGGCGGGAGGAACCAGUCCUUCUAUCAUGUGCUCGUCGACGACAAAACCGUUCGCUACGUCGCCGAAGAAAACAUCGAACCCGUCGAACCCGGCACGGAGCCCUCGGCCGCCAUGCUCACGCUCGCAGGCCGCUACUUCAAGCGCUGGGAUCGCCAUAACAACAUCUUUGUGAGUAAUGUCCGUGACGAGUAUCCGGAUGACUGAGUCAUCCAUUCAUUCUUUGCUCCGCUGGUGGCCGGCUGAUGGGUCGAUUGUUUACUCCGUUCUUUGGCUGCCGUUUGGCUUCGGACGGGGUGGUUCUGAGUAUCCUUGUUUACGUCCGGUUUGUGUUGAGUGGGGCGUCGUUUACGGAGGGUAUCGAGUUGGUGUGAGGGAAGUGGGAUCAAUGAGGGAAUUCGUGCUUGUGUGAGCGUUGCCCCAGGAAAGAAGCAUGAGUUAUGAACACUCACUCGCCCUGAUUGGAGAAAAGAAAAGCCAUCACGAGGAACGAGCAACGAUCUCAUCUGGCUAAUUAUGACUUGGAAAACGUCGUGGUACCAACUUGGGCAUUUAUAGCACAUGGCAUCUUCUCAUAUACCUAGGUAUUCAUGUUUGUAUUUUCAGACGUAUGAUUUUCCGAAAGAAAAUCAAGGGUACCUCCUUAAAAAGUUUCCACUUGCGCAAGCUAGCAGCUCUACGUAAUGAUAG